CAGAGUAUCCUAUUAGUGAAAUCAUCACAAGACAAUUAUAUCACAAGUCAAAUCACAAGUAAGGAUGAUCGAGGAAUGAUAAAAGACUGCGUUUAUCACCUUUCAUUUUAAUUUUUGUUACUAUGCCCCGUGGCGAAGUCAAAGGGGCAUACUGUUUCCCCCUUGUCAUUCGGUGUGUGUGGGUGAGUUUGUAAACACUGGCAAUCGAGGACCAGGGACAAAACAGUUAAGGCACAAACAAAGAGUCCAUGAUUGGCCGAUUGAAAUUCGUGUGCAAAACCAUUGAGAGCUGUUGCUAAAACGUUAAGAGUACAAAAGGGGUCCAUGGUUACUGGUGUUUACAAAGAUGGGUGUGCAUGUGUAUAUUUAUGGCUUUAUGAUAGAGGGCAGACACACAAAGGGAGAACACCCAGUCUUGUUCCGUAGUUUUGGGGACAUACACUUGUCUAGAUACAAGGUUUUUGUAGGGACUGAAAAUGCUGUGGGGACAGCACAAAGUCCCCACAACUCGAUCCUAAUUAACCUAACAAUGAAAAACUUCCCCAUAACGUAGUGUAGGCCAGGGCAAAAGAUCCUUUCAGUCCUUGAGCAUUGGGUCUUUUGUUGAAAACGGUCCUUGAUGGUACGGUUUUGUGCUGAGUCUAUAGACGAAUCCAACGGAGACAAUUUUGUUACCUUUGUCGUUGGCGGCGCUGUUGCAUUUGCCAUUCCGAGGGGCCAUUUUUAAAAACCGCUAAACGACGGGCUUGUGUACGUGUAAGUCAUGUAAGUGGCAACAGUGAACGAACUGGAACCAUGCGUAUCGAGCUCCAAUUUUAGGCUUUUAUCGGGAUUCUUGAAAACAUUAUGGCUAAAGAAACAACGAAGAAGAAUAACGAAGGAUCAGGAAAACACUGUGUCGUCGUUGGCUGCAAAAAUACAAGCAAAAAGCUGAGAAAAUGGAAGCUUGCAACAUGCGAAUUGCAUGCAUCAGAAACGCACGAAUAUUGUGUGUGUUUACAGCCGUACAAAAUGCAUCGUUUCCCCAACUGUUCCAACGCCAAUUCCGCAGCCAAUCGAAAGCAGUGGGUGAGGAAUAUCAACCGAAAGGACUUCAGACCUUCAAAAUACAGCACUGUAUGUUCUGUCCAUUUUGAAGAAGGGAAGCCAACAUCAGCUCACCCUUACCCAACUGUGGCCAUGGGAUAUAUCCCCUAUAAACAGCUCUCAAGAGGAAGGCCUCCCCCUAGGAGAAGAGUUUCCACAGCAACAAAAGCAGUGACAGUGCAAGAAAAGGCUGGAGGGGUUGCAAAUAUGAGUCCGCAUGGUGUUGAGAGAACAUCAACAUGUGUACAAACACAAGGAUUAGAGACGAAGGAUGCAUCAGUACAGUGGUAUGAUGCCAGAGUAGCUGACCAUACUUAUGCACAUGUUAAUCCUAUCACUAAAUCCAAGGCAAAAGGUACGCAAACAGUCAAGGCUCCAGAAGUAUCAGCAGUUAAUCUUCAAGAAUCUGAUAUGAAGUUUUACACCGGACUUAGCGUGCGAUCAUUCUGGGCGCUUGUGAAUGCGCUUGUAGUGACUCUUACUACCACCCCUAAAUUUCAACUACCAGUGCCAGACCAACUUUUGCUUGUUUUGAUGAGAUUAAGAAUAGCCCUGAUGAUCUGGGAUCUUGGAGUACGCUUCAAAGUGUCUUGUUCCACAGUCUGUGACAUUAUCUCCUUCUGGGUACCACGUUUGGCUACAUUCAUGAGAGAAAAUGUCAUAUUUUGGCCAUCACGUGACACGCUUGCCAGGAUACGUCCCAAAUGUUUUGAGUCUUGUCAUCCUAAGGCUACCUGCAUCAUAGACUGCACUGAAAUCUUUGUUCAGAGACCCAAGAACUUGAGAAAACGUGCCCAAACUUAUUCUAACUACAAACAUCACAAUACCUACAAGGCCUUGUACUGCAUUGCACCAAAUGGUUUUGUGACGUAUGUUUCCAAAUUAUUUGGAGGUCGUGCCAGUGACACUUUCAUCUCUCAGAACUCUGGCUUUUUGGACCACUUGCUCCCCGGUGACGAGGUUCUAGCUGACCGUGCCUUCACUAUCGAAGAUAUUCUUCCACACGGUGUGAAGUUAUCUAUCCCAGCCUUCACAAGAGGACUCAAGGACAGGCGUCUACCAGAGGAAAGUGUGACAGAAACACGACGUAUUGCCAACGUAAGAAUUCAUGUUGAAAGGGCAAUCAGACGAUUGAAAUGUUUCAAAAUUUUAGCCAAUAUCAUUCCGAUGCGAGUAAAAAAUGUAGAUGACAUAUUGAUUACAUGUGCUGGACUUUGCAAUUUACAGCCUUGCCUAAUUAAUGAGGACAGAGCCCAGGAAACAAGUGAUAGUGAUUCUAAUGACGAGGAGGGAAACGUUUUUUCAGUGGAGGAAUAAGUACAUUUACAUGUAUGACUUUGCUGAAAUUGAUUUUGAAUGUGUGUUUCCAUCUUCAAAACAAAUGACAAGAUUUGAAAGUAUGAAUGUGCUUGACAUAAAGAUGGUUUGCAGUUGCAGCAUGUACAUGUGCAUGUAGUCUAAUUAGUGACUGUGCUAUUACAUGUAGGUUCUGAAAACAACAUGUGUUUUGUUACACAAAGGUUUAGACAGUGUGCUGUCCAUUUUCAGGAGUCUGAAGACAGACAAAGCAUUCUGUCCAACCCGUCACAUAACAAAACAUGAUCUUUUCAGAACCACACAUACAUGUACAGUAGUAGUCACAAAAGCGAUUAGACUUUAUGAACAUGGUGCUACUGCAAAGCAUAGGCUUUUGUCCUUCCACCGGGCUGCAAACCUUCAACUUCUCAAGUCAUACAUGUACAUGUACAGUGCAAGCAUAAUUAAACAUCAUCAGGUUUGUGCUGAAGUAUUUUUUUUGUACUUUGGCAAGGGGUAUCCCCCAAUGUUCUUCCUUGCCACCCCACCAGUUGUCCCCCCUUACUAAAUCUCCCAAGUAUUAAAGAAAAAAAAUUGAAAGGGAAAAGAAAAGAAAAACAUUUAGUCAAUACAUGUAUAUUUUACUGUACUGUACAGUGAAUGUUUAUUAAGACAGGACACCCUCACAUAAAAAUUAAGGGUUUUGAACAGCCCCCCCCCCCCCCCCAUUUUACUGUUUAUCUGGCGUGUGUUUCGGAGUGUAUCGGACACCCGUGUUUGCCACACCCUCCCCCCCCCCCCC